AUGGCUUAUGUUCCUAUCAGCCUAUCACAUAAUGCGGUGCCCAAUAGGAGAAGGUGGAAAACUGCCAGAAAUGCCGACAUAAAGUCAAUAACUUGCACGCGACCUCUUGUCAAUCUUUCUUUGUUGCCUUUGACCAAACCUGCUGAACUUGCGCAUCAAAUGUCGACCGAGGCUGAAGGAACCUUUGAGGUGGCAGACGCCAGCCUCUACACCAAGACUUGGACACCCCAAGGCCCCGUUCGAGCCCAGGUGAUUCAUGUCCAUGGCUUCAGUGAUCACGUCAACUGGUACGAUGACGUGUAUCGAAUUUUAGCCUCUAGUGGCAUUCAGGUCUUCGGCUUUGACCAGAGAGGCUGGGGUCGAAGCGUCAAACAACCCUCUGACAAAGGAAAUACCGGUUCAACGGCGCGCGUAGUUGCCGAUGUUGCAGCGUUCAUCGAGAGCAAGCUCCCUUCGGAUGUCCCUGUUUUUGUCCUGGGACACUCAAUGGGCGGCGGUGAGGUUCUCAUGCUUGCGGCCGAUCCUCAGUACGCCAAGCUCGUCAGCCAGGUGCGUGGUUGGAUUCUCGAGGCUCCAUUCAUCGGAUUCGCGCCUGAAGAAGUCCCAAGCUCGUUCAAGAUUGCAGCAGGCCGGAUAGCUUGCAAGAUCCUGCCGAGAUUCCAGAUUAAGCAUCAACUCGACGUUAUGAACUUGACGCGCAAAACGGAGGUGGCAAAGGGCUUCAAGGAAGAUCCCCUCUGCCAUGACACAGGUACGCUGGAAGGCCUGGCAUCGCUUCUUGACCGUACGGCGGCUCUGCAAUCGGGGUCUAUAAAGCUGGGCAAGGAAGUAAAGUCUCUCUGGCUCGGCCACGGAGACCAUGACAAGGCCUGCAGUUAUGAAGCCGCGAUCGAAUUCGCAAAGAACCAGGAUAUCGAGGACAAGGUAGUCAAGACGUAUGUGGGAGGUUACCACGCCCUGCACGUGGACCUGUGCCAGGAGGAAUAUGCGAAGGAUAUCACCGAUUGGAUCCUAGAGAGGAGUACAGGUUCAUGCACCACUUUUGACAUCGUGCUGCCUGUUCUAUCAGAUCUAUGGAGACAAACCUAG